GUGCAUGUCUUGCCUGAAAGCAAGAGGUAGCUUCUGGCCUGCUGAAGCUGCUACGCAGUGGUGGUGGUGGACAGUCCCUGCUGAAUUUGUGUGGCUGCAUUUCACACAGGGCAGCCUUCUAUGUAGUUAAAAGUAAACUAAAUGCAUUUCUAUUCCAUGUGUCUUCCCCAGCUCAUCCGUGGUGAAAAAGAAUGCCAGUGGCUUUGCUACAAACGGGUUUAUUUUUAUCUCGUGUAAUUGUGUUGGGUCAAAAUGAGAAAGCACAUGAGAGAAUGAAUACAUACUGCAUUUAAAAAUUUAUACUGAUGCAAACAAAUUGUCAGAGGUGUUAACUGCAUUAUGGUCUGAGUGCCAAAUUGCUUCCAAGCUCAUGGAGAGGCCUGAGAGGUUUUGUUUAUACUGGCUAGAGAAUUCAUGCCCCAUUAAUUGAGUUAAAGACUGCUUUUCAAAUUCUCCUUAAAUAUGGAUCUGAUUAAAUAAUUUGUUGCAACAGUUCAGCCAGCUGGUUUGGAAGCUCAUCUUUUGUUGGUGAUAUUUCUGUAGUCCAGUAAAAGCAUGAGACCAGAAUCAGAAAGAGAAAUGAGGAGUAAGAAAAGCAGGUGCUUAAAAACAAUGCAGUCUGAUCCCUAUCUACAUAAUAUUAAAAAGAGCUCAAACUGCUAAACCAGAGUGGAUAAAUUAACUACCUGUGAUAACACACCAGUCUGCUGAAGAACUUAGAUUGAUACCUCAAAUACAUAUAUGCAUUGAAAUUAAAACUCUGGUUGAUAAACAGGAAGGAAUUAACGUUACAAACGUGCACAGGAAACUCAUACAUGUUAAAAUGCUGAUGCUUUCGCUGUCACGUGAAUCACAGAAAACGUGGGUUAAAACAGUUGUGCUCUGUGCAUACCUGAAGCUCACUUACAGAAGCUCCUUUGUCAGUAAGCAAGUCUCGACCUUUCUGUGAUGGUAGGGUCCCAAGGAAGACCCUUCUACAUAGUUAAAGUGAACUAAAUGCAUUUAGGUUACACGUGCUCCUCAGAGCCGAAGGAGCAGCUAAUGAAAUUGCCAAAUGAAAAUCCUUUUGAGAGGUUAGACCUUGCAAGACAUUCUUGGGGCACAAGAGCUCUUCAGAGAGAACAUUCCAAACUCUGCUGCUGUCUUGCUUAGUUUUCCCUCAGCUUAAUGCAUGAGGGGAAUGGUGGAAUUUCUGGUGUUUGAAGUAUCUUUCUACUGCUUACAUGGGACAGUGGGAAAACGUCAGUAGAGAAAAAUGUGAAGAUUUCUUAAAGUUUGGCUUAAAAAUCCUAGGCUAUGAUUUGUCAAGAUGCCUAAGAAGUCAGAAAAUGAAAUUGGAGAAAAUUUUUUUUCUGUAGCUCAGGAAAGACCCACUGGCCUUUUAUGCUUACAAAAAUCUCUCCUUUAGGCAAACAGCCUGGCUAAGAAAUGGAUUUAGUUGACCCUUUCAGUACCUUAGAAAGUUUCCUGAAGCAAAUAUCAAGGCACAUAACAAGGAGGCACAUAACUCUAAUAAGCCUCUAUCAUUGCUGUCUGAUUGCUGAAGAACUGUUCAAGGCAUUUAAGUACAUUUCCUUUUCAGUAGAAAAAGUGCAAGGCUUCUUGAAAGAAAAUUAAAACUUAGGCUGAAAACCUCCAUCUUGAAACCUAGUAUAUAAAAAAUUAGUAUAAAAAAUGUAAUGGAAAGGCCAGUUGUACAAGCAUUUUGCAAGUUGAGCAAUUCUAGAAAUAGGUAAUUUCUGCUGACAAACUAGUGCAAGGAGAAGGCUGGUAUUUUAACUGUGCAGUUAGGUUUUUUUCUUAGCUAAGUUGUAGUCUUUCCUGUUAAAAAUUUUACAUUCUUUCUAUGCAGUGAUGUUUGUGUUCAUUUAUAGACACAAAGAAAACACAAGGCUUUAGCUCUCUGAAUUUUCCCCAAGUGAUUUUCUCUUUUGGUUUGAGCCAUUCCUUCUCUGCUAUUUAAUUCAUCAAAAUAUUCAAGCCCAAUGUAGUUCUUUGCUAUUCUCUUUUGUGCUGGAUUUGUACUUUGCACAUUAUCUUGAAGUAUAUCUGACUGGUAGGAGAGCACAUAAAAACAAACAACAAAAAAAAUUAGUAUUGAAAAAAUGAAAUAGUUAAUGUAAUAUUGUAUUUUUUUUUCCUCUGUUACUUAUGGAAGGAGGGACAUGAACUUUUCAGUUUCUGUAUGUUUAAUAGUCCUCCUUUUGCUCUUAAUAUAUUGGUAAUCUCCUGAAAACACAAAAUUACUUCAGCAAGGCACUGUCUCCCAUAACAUCCUCAUUAGGAAGCUCAGGAAGUGUGGGCUAGACAAGUGGACAGUGAGGUGGAUUGAGAGCUGGUCGAGUGGCAGAGCUCAGAGAGUUGUGAUCCAUGGAGCAGGAUUGGGUUGGAGGCCUGUAACCAGCAGUAUCCCCCCAGGGGUCAGUACUCAGUGUGAUCUUGUUCAACACGUUCAUCGAUGACCUGGACAAGGGGACAGAGUGUAUCCUCAGCAAGUUUGCUGGUGAUAACAAACUGGGAGGGGUGGCUGACACUCCAGAGGGCUGUGCUGCCAUCCAGUGUGACCUGGACAGGUUGGAGAGUUGGGCAGAGAGGAACCUCAUGAGGUUCAGCAAGAGCAAGUGUAGGGUCCUGCACCUGGGGUGGAAGAACCCCAUGUAUCAGUACAGGUUGGGGGCUGACCUGCUGGAGAGCAGCCCUGAGGAGAAGGACCUCAGUGCUCUGGUGGACAACAGCCUGACCAUGAGCCAACAAUGUGCCCUUGUGACAAGAAGGCUAAUGGCAUCUUGGGAUACAUUAAGGAGAGUGUGGCCAAAAUGAGUUGCACAAUUGAAAAAGCCUUAGCAGAUGCAAAAGCACUGGUGGAACGGCUGAGGGAACAUGACAAUGCAGCAGAAGCUCUCAUUGAACAGACUACAGCUCUUAACAAGCGGGUUGAAGCAAUGAAACAGUAUCAAGAAGAAAUUCAAGAGCUCAAUGAAGUAGCAAGACAUCGUCCUCGGUCUACAUUAGUGAUGGGUAUUCAACAAGAAAACAGACAGAUUAGGGAAUUACAGCAGGAAAAUAAAGAACUACGCACAUCUCUUGAAGAGCAUCAAUCUGCUUUGGAACUCAUAAUGAGCAAGUACAGAGAACAGAUGUUCAGGUUGCUUAUGGCGAGCAAAAAGGAUGAUCCAAGUAUAAUAAUGAAGUUAAAAGAGCAACAUUCCAAGGAGCUGCAAGUGCAUGUGGACCAAAUUACAGAAAUGGCAGCAGUAAUGAGAAAAGCCAUUGAGAUUGAUGAAAAGCAUGGCUGUAAAGAGCAGGAGCGUAUCAUUCAGCUAGAGCAAGAAAACAAAGGUUUGAGAGAAAUUCUUCAAAUAACUAGAGAAUCAUUCCUGAACCUCAAGAAAGAAGAUGUGUCAGAGAGCACGUCUCUGUCAGGAUUAGUAACAAGCAGUGAUUUAAGCCUGAGAAAAAGCUGAAGACUCUGGAAGUCAACAAGUUUCAGUUGCACACUUUACAAAGUAUCAGGGGUCACUUGUCAAGCACUUGUUACUGAAUAGGGCACCAGUGAGCUAAUGCAUCUUAAACUCCAGUUUAGUGGCUUUUUUACUGGAUAAAAGAAAUUAAAAUUGCUAUUCUACAAAAACCUUAGUAACAGAUAAAUUGCCAUAGAUCUAACUUCAGUAGGAAAUGGAUUAAUGCACUUAACUGAAUUGGGAAUUACUUUUAUAUGAAGUCAUUCAACAGAUAAAAGACAAAAUUUCACAUAAUUUAUGGAAAUUAUUGCUCAUACAAAAUUUCAGUGCACCUGUUACAUAACAAAGGUAAGAUAUAAUGUUUGAUCUCUGGCUAAAAAGAAGUAACUCACCAGUAUGCUUUGUGCAUGAUCCACAUGACAUUUUUUCAUUUUAAUAAGUUUUUAAUACAUUCUCUUUUUGGAACAAGCCUUUUUAAUGGCAGGGGUAUACAGGCAGCAUAAAACUUUUAAGAUUUCAAUUAUUUGGCUACAGGGUGUCCCGUUCAAAUAUAAGGCCAGUUGCUUAAACAUAAAUGUUGAACAACUGCAAAAGCAUUGCUCUUUUUUUUUUUUAAUGGAAUGAGAUUCUUUAAUAUAUGUCUACUUAAUUGUAUUUUCAAAACAGGAAAAGAGCUGCUCCCACUCUAUUGUUUUCUGAAAUACAGGUGGCAUGGUGUCAUUCUGCCUUAGCUUUUGUAUGAGAGAAAACCAGGUAAGAAGGUACAUGAUAGGUAAGAAGCCACAUCAGUCCUGUUGAUACCUUCUUGUGUUUGCCUGCCCAGGCUUCCUGACUGGAAACAGCAGUUUGAUAGCUCCCAAACAGCAGCACCAGAAAGGUAGUUGGGGGAAGGAAGGAAGAAGUUCUUUGGCAAAGUUGGCAGCCUGCAGACCUGCAAUCAAUACUCUUUUAAGUACUUAAUAGUCAUCAAGAGGGUUUUUAAGUCAGUUUCAGGUAUGUCUUGUGUUUGCACUAGGCCAUGUUUUGAUACGCUAUACUGACCAAUAGACCACUUGCUUUUAACUCUGAAAUACUUGUAGAAGUAAAAAAUAAUUGGCUUUUCUAAAUCAAAGUGCAGCAUAUAUCCUAUGCAGGUAUGAUAGAAGUGCUACACAAGACAGGCUUGGAGUAGAGAGGUGCCAAAAUAUUUCAUAUUUGGCUUUUUUUUGUCAGACUAUCACUUCAUGGUCAUGGCAGCAAGAACAUUCCUAGUGUUGAUGUGCCCCAUCACUUUUUGUCCAGCAUGCCAAGGUGUUCUUUACUUGGAAUGCAUAUUCAAAGCCGCAGAAUGAAAGCUUUCAGCCACAGAAAACCAGAGAUCUACAAAUGCCAUCCACUGUUGAAUAUUUGGCUGUUCAUUAACUUGCCUAACAAAAUGAGUUGCACUCAUACUCUGAAAUCAACUGUCAUUUAAUCAGUUUGAUUUUCAGUUGCAGCAAGGCAAAAAAGAAUGAAGCAUCAAGCACUUCUAAGCAUGUCAGUUUAAAUACAGCUUCCUUUGACUUGAUGCAGCUUCCCUGUACCUUCCCCUCAAGACAGAUGCCCCUCAGCUCUAAGGGUAAAUUUUCAUUGCACAGUGAAUUUAUUUAUAGGGAGCUAAAUAUUUUUGUUCUUUUGCUGCCCCACUUCCUGUAGUGCUUUUAAGAGAAACAAGUGGUGGGAAAGGAGCAUUUAGCAAAGACAAUAAAUGCUAGUAUUCAAUUAACUAAUACACAUGCUAGGAAGUGCAGUUGAAAGGACAGAUAAAUUAAGCUCCAAGUUGUCACAGCAUUUUUUAUAACUGGAGAAACUGCUACUUCUCUUUCAAAAGCAUCUUAGCUUGUUUCUAGGCUUAAAAAUAUAUUGAGGACAUUAAUGUGCAUGGGAAAAAAACCAAAACUUUAACUGUUUCCAAACUUGCUAAACAUCUGAGGGGAAUAUUUUUGGGAAUGUUUUAGCUCAGGUACAAAAUCCCCUUGUCUGCUGUUAUUACCUGUAAAACUUUGCCAGUGCUUCUAUGAUUUAGAUUUUGCAUUUCUACUGUAGCUUACAAGCUGGUGACUUAGCAGAAACAACAUCUUUUCUCAAUGGAGUGUGUUUUGUUGUUGCAAACUUUUGAGAAACAUUUGCUUCAGUUGAUUAAGUUAUUCUUUUUAGAAGUGUCUGUUCAGUCAUUGACUGGUAUCAGAGGCAUUUAUAUCCAUUUAAUGCUGAAUUCAGUUUCACGGCUGACUUUCUGCUUUGCCUUUCAAAUACAGUUUCCAGAGUUGUAUAGCAGAGGAGGGUUGUUAGUCUCUGGCAGUUCUUUAAGGUUGCUCUAUGAUGAAAUAAUGCUUGAUUAGUGUUUAUUUUUGUAAAUUAAAAAAAAUGUGACUUAAUUUAUCUACUCCUAGUCUUCACGUUUGAUACGUCUCCCCUGUCAUUCCCCUGACCUGAUCACUUCAGGAUUUUAAAGAACCUUCACAGUGUGUGGAGUGACUAUUUUUCAUUGCAUACCUGCUAUUUUUGUAAUGCAGAUGGCUUGAAAAGAGUUUAUGGCUAGAAUUGUGUACUGUACAGUAAACUUAUUUUAUCAAUAAAGUUGACUGAAAAUA